AUGCAACUUGUCACAGGAUUGGUACUAGCGCUUGAUUAUGCUGGAGCUGAGCUCGAUAACGCAGCGACGUCAGCACCUUCUAUACUUUCUACACCACUGUUAGCAGGUCUUACCCAGGCUUUUGAUUCACGAAUUAUAUUCUUUGUACUUGCGAAUGCUCUUCUUUCCUUUCCUUGCUCAGCCUUAGAGCUGACUAGGUGGCUCACGGAACCCAUCAACAUGCGGCCCCCAAAGCUCAUCAUCGCGGCAAUGUUACUUUUCACAUCUAUUUUAAUGUUCGUCGUCUUCUUAUUUUCAUCCGAUUCCUCUUAUGCAAUAACAAAUUCGUCCGUCCCGCUUAAGGCUGGUAUCCAAAAGUUCUUCUCGAUUGGGCCCACGUUCUCUCUUUUCCCUCCGAGUGCACUUAUCACACUUACACACGACAAUACAACUUCAUUUAUCGCAAGUCCAGCAUCCUUCGGACCAGCCCUAGCGAUAGAUGGGCUCAAGGGGCAAAUAUGGAUAGGCUCUGGACUGGGAGAUGAUACCGUUGAUGGCGAACUAGGCUGCAGUGAUGUCCUUGGUUGGCAGAAUUUUGCUAAAAGCUUUAAAGCUGUGACCCCUGCUACAGAGCAUAUCAAUUCCGAUGGAUCAAACUCUGUUUUUGAUAAAAUGCCGACCCAAAGUCGAGUCAAGGGUGACCAUGAACCCUUUGAAGAUUAUGUAAUGCGGUUAAAAAAUCCAAGUGUUAGAUCAGAAUCAAUAGAUGAAGAUGGCACUGACGACCAUCUUUUUCAAGUUCUUUCAGAUUCUAAGCCAACCAAGUAUUUUGAAAAGCCACACAUUAACGAAAAGGAUAUCAUUUCAGACAUUCACUUUCUACAAGAAGAAGCUGAGAUUUCUGGCAAAGUGGUUUUAUUGAGUCGUGGUGGCUGUGGAUUCCUCGAAAAAUUGAAAUGGGCUCAACGGAGAGGGGCUAUCGGGCUUAUUGUGGGUGAUAACACUAAGGGUGGGCCCCUAAUUCAAAUGUUUGCUAAAGGAGAUACAUCGAGUGCUAAUAUACCUUCCGUAUUUACCUCCUAUACAACGGCACAUCUACUAAGCUCCUUGGCUAGUUCUUUUGAGGCUCCAAGUAACCUGGACGACAAAUAUGGGAAGCCGAGAUUAUCAGUCAAAAGUAAUAUAGUAGCCACAGAAAAUAUGAAGAUUAACUCACAUCGUAAUUACAUACCUGCUCAGGAAGAAAAUCAUAUUGAAGAAAAUGCAUCUCGAGAUAGAGAUAUAGGUUUCAAUUACAUACAUAAAUUGCAGAGUACUGUGACAGGGACAGCAACCUGGCUCAGUUCCAUUUUUUUUGGUCCUAACAACCAGCAACUUAAGCCUAUCAGCAGCCGACCGCCAAGCAGUGGACAACUUGACUGGUCUACAUCAGAUGAUAAUAAAAAAAGUGGCCGGAUUAAACCAAAUACUCAGGAAGCUGCAAGAUCUAGAAAAUCAGAAGAUUUUAAAAGCAAAACUCUGGCCCAGCCAGCUGAUGAUUUUUUGAUAGGGAUCCAAGACUGGCGUGACCCUGAUUUAAUCGGGGCUAAUAAGAUAGAAAAGCCUGAGUCAGAUGUAGACUUUGUUAUGAUAAACAGCCACCAAAAACAGGGUCUAGGACAGAAUAAUGUUGUGCUUGAAACCAUAAACACACACCCAGAUGGCGGUGAAGUGGUCCAGGUGACCUCCAAAAAUAUCCCUCUUGCAGGCGGUAUUAUUACGCCAGGAAGUGGCGAAUAUACUAUACAGAAAAGAGAAGAUGAUAAAAAAGAGACUAUAGAAAUUAAUAAAAGCUAUAUCGACGGUGGUCCUGAUAUUAUUCCAAAAGGUGCAUCAGGUGCGAACAGAAAGCGUAUAGAACUAAUUAGUUCGGCCUCCAACCAAAAUAUUGACAAAUACUCCGCCCAAGGACUGUGGGUUACGCUCACGCCUAUAAGCGGAUCAAACCCUUUAUUAGAUACUCUAUUGGUACUGGUUAUCAGUCCUCUCGCUACUCUUACCAUUGUAUAUGCCUUACUCUUGGUUCGAUCGCGAAUAAAACGGCGUAGAUGGCGAGCACCAAGAUCAGUUGUCGAGAGACUUCCUGUAAGGACUUAUCAAAGCAUUGUUACAUCCGUCGACUAUUCCCCUCGUCGGCCAAGUCCAUCGAAUGUAUCAGCUACUACUCCUCUACUUUUAAAUACUCAAACAUGCAACAUUAGUUCUCAGAUGAACACUGAUUCGGACCAGAUGAAUAAUUUACUGGGAACCUCAAAUCAAUUGCAAAAUUCUAUUAAACCAUCGCGGCAAUCUCAGUUUGAAAAGAGUAUCAACCACAUGAGCCAGUGGAAAAAACACACAGGAAAACAGACUGAGUGUGUGGUUUGUCUCGAAGAAUACAUUGAUGGGGUUAGCCGUGUCAUGGGCUUACCAUGUGGUCACGAGUUUCAUGCUGAGUGCAUAACUCCAUGGCUAACUACACGUCGACGUACUUGUCCUGUAUGCAAAGGCGAUGUUGUCCGCUCCAUGGCAAGCAUAUGUUGCCCGGUUGACUGGGGCGAAUCUUACCCUGAUAACAGUGAUCCUGCAGAUAUUACAUAA